AGGCCGAGUCCCGCCCCAGUUACACCGGUAGCCGAAUGUGGCCGAAGAAGUCCGAAGCGAACCGAAGAACUUUCACGGAGGAGCAACUGCGCAUGGGCGAGAGCGUGAUCAACUUGCAGAUGGGGACCAACAAGUUUGCUAACCAGGCAGGAAUGAACUUUGGCAAGAAAAGGAUGAUCACAAAGGACUGAUAGCAUUUAGGAAAAUUUAAGCAAUUUCAACGGAGGGUACUCAAGAAAACGCUAUGGAUUACAGCAGCCCUGACCAGAAUUUUUAAUUCUUUUUUUUAAAUACAGUAACUUUUUAAAAGACUCAAAAAGUAGCUUCUUCUUUUCCUAGGGAUUGGAGAACAAACGAAAAAGAAAAUAUGCCUACCUAAAGAAUAAUGGUAAUGUCUGGCAUGCAAGAAGAGGACAAAACCUCGUUGUGAAAAAGUUACUUCUGUCAACCAAAGCUAAGGACAGCGUAACAUGGCUUUGAUAAAUCUGUGUAGCAAAUAUACGAUAAAGUCAAAGUUGAUUACUUUUUUAAAAUAAAAAUUAUUAUGAUGAAAGUAUAAAAAAAGGGCCGUAGCUUUUUCUUGAGAACCCUUAUAUAUCGCUUUAGGUAUUACUACUUUAUCGUAUCAAGCAUGUAUGUUCCAACGAGUUAAAUUCUGCACUUAUCAGAGACGUCUUUGAUAUUUUGUGAAUGAGAUUUAAAUAUCAAACAAUUGGUUGUACAUUAGGGGAUUUAAGCUGAUCAUAGGACACAACUUUCUAUAUCUAACCCAAAAUGUUACCUCUUAGAGAGUAAAGGGUCGUUUAUCUGCGGUCCUUUACCUCAUAAAGGCAAUUUACAAACUUUCUCAUUGAUCGUUUAUAUGUGCAGCAGUCUUUUUCUACGUUUGAGGAACUGAAAAAAUACCUCAUGCAUUAACCAAGUAAAACACGGAAUAUUAUUAGAAGCAAA